CAAAAAAUACCAUCAACACAUCAUAGCCAGCUACAGCACUGCUCGUAGUAAUAUAGUAAUACAUGCGACAACCUGUAAUGAUCCCAGGAUAGAUCUAUAGCGGUGGCAGUAGUCAGCAGUGAUCAUCAUAACAUACCGGAAUAGUGGCACUAACGAAAAUUCACCUUGGUAAGCCCGCCGUUGAUCCGAGCAUUCUGCGUCCUAUGUGAUAAUCUGUUCGAUAUGUCUGUAUAUCAUUGGUACUAUCAUACCAGGUUGAGUUGUUUUUGGUGUAUUUAGGUUCUUCAGAGUUGUGCGGCGGUCUACGGUUCAGGACAUACGGUAUAGGCCGACAUCGAUGGCAUUGAUUGCUUGUUGGUUCCAAUUCGAACCGCUCGCCGUUUUAGCCCGCCCUACUAGACGUCACCCAGACCUUGUGAACGUAAAGGCUACCGUCAAGCAUUAGCACUAGCCUGAACUGUGUACAUACUAUAUAGCCAGAGUGUGUGUAAUAUCUGUUGCUCGACGCUCAGCCAGCAAGAAGAAUCGUUGUUACGACUGAUACAUUUCAUAACGUUUCGUACGGACCCAACGAGACGGAGAAUAAAAAACCCAAGUAGAAGAGAAUACGGGGGAGCAAACGAGUGUAUGUAUGAAUAGCUGUGUAUGUGUACUCAGCAAGUUGAUACGGCAGAAGAAACGCUCUGAUAAAACGUUAACGGUGCGAAUAGGGUCAAAACACGUUUCGGAACUUAAUUUUUGAAACCCGCAUGCAUAUUGAAUCAUUGCUAAAGGAUACUAGUAUUCUCUGACAGGUACAUCAAUACGUGACCUAUCCUAAUCGCAUGGCGACGAGAAUGUUCGUAUCGUCUGUAUGAUCAUAAUGGACCGACACUCCCAAUGGAUACUUCAGCAUCCCUUCUCUUGGAGUGGUCAGCGGCAAACACAAUGAGGCCGUUCAGGGGGCAGCUAGACGCCGUAAAGGUUGUCUCUACUAGAGAAAAGCAAAAAUGUGUGAAGCAUAGAGAAUAGCAAAGGUGUGACAACAGUGUGACGUUAUAUAUAGUGACAGCUUGCCUGCUAUUACAUCGACGGUAAAAGAGGUGUGGCUGAAGUGAUGGGCACGCAGUGGAACGUUCAAGAGUCCACAAAAACGCACAUACCUGCACAUCCAGAGACACAGAUUGUUGCAUGUACACACUGACAAGGAUACCGCUAGCAGCGAAAGAAUGAAGCCAGCUCGAAACAACGACUUCAAGUAACCGCUCGCAACACAGAGUCGGCAAUACGGGGUUCUCGGCCAACAUGGUCAUCGUAACGCAGGGCGACUUCAUCUGGAUCGAACCGUCGACGAAGCGCGAGUUCGAUGUCGCCAUCGGUGCACAGGUCGUCUCCGCAGAAGGUCGUCGGAUACAGGUUCGGGACGAUGACGGACGCGAUACCUGGCUGGCACCUGAACGCCGCAUUAAAGCUAUGCAUCCAACAUCGGUUCAGGGAGUGGAAGACAUGAUCUCCUUGGGCGACCUGCAUGAAGCUGGAAUUCUUCGAAACCUACUCAUUCGAUACAACCACAAUCUAAUAUAUACGUACACUGGAUCAAUUCUGGUGGCCGUUAACCCGUAUCGGAUCCUCCCAAUCUAUACGGCGGAGCAAAUUAAGAUGUACCGGGAACGUAAGAUUGGUGAACUUCCUCCACACAUAUUCGCAAUCGGGGAUAAUGCUUAUGGCAACAUGAAGCGCUUUCAUGUUAAUCAGUGCAUCAUCAUCUCGGGUGAGUCUGGCGCUGGUAAAACGGAAAGUACGAAACUGAUCCUGCAGUAUCUUGCUGCAAUUUCUGGCCAGCACAGUUGGAUCGAGCAACAGAUCCUCGAAGCUAACCCCAUCCUGGAGGCAUUUGGGAACGCCAAAACUAUACGCAACGAUAAUUCUAGUCGCUUCGGAAAGUAUAUUGAUAUCCACUUUAACAUGGGCGGAGUCAUAGAGGGCGCUCGCAUUGAGCAAUACCUGCUUGAAAAGUCGCGAAUCGUUUCACAGGCGUCUGACGAGAGGAAUUAUCACAUAUUUUACUGUAUGCUUGCUGGACUCAGCAGAGAGGAGAAAGAAAAGCUGGACCUUAAUAACUGUUCGAAAUAUGCGUAUCUUACCGGUGGGGGUUCGGUGACGUGUGAAGGACGAAAUGAUGCCCAAGAGUUUAGCGACAUUCGAUCAGCAAUGAAGGUACUAAUGUUUUCUGACGAGGAGAUCUGGGAGAUUAUGAGAAUUCUAGCAGCUGUCUUACACCUUGGCAAUAUCCAAUUCAAGCCUACGUUCGUCGAUAACCUCGAUGCUGUAGAGAUUGUCUGCAGUCCAUCGGUGCAGAGCGCUGCUAGCCUUCUACGGGUUGAAGUAGCUCAACUCGUACAGGCGUUGACAACGAGGACGAUUUUCGCUCAUGGUGACACAGUGGUAUCAAACAUGGGUGUAGAUCAAAGCCGAGACGUACGCGACGCCUUUGUUAAAGGCAUCUAUGGUCGGAUGUUUGUUCAGAUCGUCAACAAGAUCAAUGCAGCAAUAUAUAAGCCGAAACAAUCAACACAACAUUAUCGGACAUCGAUUGGUGUACUUGACAUUUUCGGGUUUGAGAAUUUUAAUGUAAACUCAUUCGAGCAGUUCUGCAUAAAUUACGCAAACGAGAAUCUUCAGCAAUUUUUUGUACAGCACAUAUUCAAGCUAGAGCAAGAAGAGUAUAAUCUCGAAGCUAUCAAUUGGCAACACAUCGAGUUUGUCGAUAAUCAAGAGGCCCUCGACAUGAUCGCCGCUAAACCUAUGAACAUUAUGGCGCUGAUUGAUGAGGAGUCGAAAUUUCCUAAAGGAACCGAUAUGACCCUACUAAAUAAGCUCCACAAGCAGCAUUCAGCCAAUCGAAACUAUCUGAAACCAAAGUCGGAUAUUAGCACUUCGUUUGGGAUGUGCCAUUUCGCCGGCGUGGUUGUCUACGAGACAAAAGGGUUCCUUGAGAAGAAUCGCGAUACGUUUAGCGCAGACCUCAUUCAGUUGAUUCAAAUGAGCGAGAAUCGUUUCAUGCAAAAUCUUUUCAUUAGCGAAGUCAGCAUGGGAACGGAAACGCGUAAGAAAACACCAACGUUGAGUGCGCAGUUCAAGCGCUCGCUAGACUCUCUAAUGAAGGCGCUUAGCCAGUGUCAUCCAUAUUUUAUUCGGUGCAUCAAGCCGAACGAAUUCAAGAAGGCCAAGAUGUUUGAUCGCGAGCUCUGUUGCAAACAGCUUCGCUACUCAGGAAUGAUGGAAACCAUUCGAAUCCGACGGGCCGGUUAUCCUAUCCGACAUACGUUCAGGGAGUUCGUCGAAAGAUACCGAUUUCUCAUUUCGGGGGUUCCCCCGCCGCACAAAGUGGAAUGCAGGCAAGCGGCGUCGAGAAUACUUCGAUCUGUUUUAGGAAAGGCAGACUUUCAGAUUGGGAAGACAAAGGUGUUCUUAAAAGACGCGCAAGAUCUUUUCCUUGAACAGGAACGCGACCGGGUACUCACACGCAAGAUUCUUGUUCUACAAAAAGCCAUUCGUGGAUGGUAUUGGAGACGACGUUUCGUACGGCAGCGCGCAGCUGCCAUUGUGAUCCAACACUGGUGGAAAACCAAGCACCAGAGACGGAUGUUUCUCAAGCAGAUGCGCGGCUUCCAGCGCCUUCAGGCGUUGUGGCGAGGCCGGAUUUUGGCUCGGCGCUUCCAGCUACUUCGCGCGAACGUGGUGGCGCUCCAGGCGCGUUGUCGCGGUGUCCUGGUGAGGAGGGAAGCCGCACGACGGCUUCGAGCGGUCGUCAUAAUUCAAAGCUUCAUUCGAAUGGUUAUCGCUAAAAAACUGUAUCAGCGGAUGCGUGUCGAGCAGAGCGCCCAGUUAGAAGCAAUGCGACUUCGUGACCACGAAGAAAUGAUGCUUGUUCGACAGUAUGGCCCGAAGAAAGCUAAAGAGGUCGCAGAGAAAAAAUACAGGGAGCGGCUAGCCGCAAUCUACAACCGCCAAGUUGAAGAGGAUGUAGAGGUUCGAAAGAUCCUCGAAAUGAAAAAGGCCGCAAUUGCAGACGCUGAAAAACGACAGGACGAGCCACUCGAUGACUCGAAAUUGGUUGAUGUUAUCUUCGACUUCUUGCCUAGAAGUGACUCCGUUAACGAGCAGGCUGCGCCUACCGCAUUUAAAGAUCUGGAAUUACCAAAAGAUGCAAGCAUGAAUCCCGAGCCGGAAGGUUCCAUUCCAUCCGUGCCUCAAGAUCAUACAGAGGACUUGUCACAGUAUACCUUCCAAAAGUUUGCAGCAACCUAUUUUCAAGGCACGCAAAAUCAUAUCUACCAAAAGAAGCCAAUUAAGCAGAGUUUAUUAGCUUUACCCACACACGGCGACACGAUGGCAGCACUCGCUCUAUGGAUUACGAUCUUGCGAUUUAUGGGAGACCUUCCCGAACCAAAAUUUCAUAGCAUCGAUCGAGACAAUUCAUCGGUCAUGUCGAAGGUCACAGCUACACUCGGGCGGAACUUUACCAAGUCUAAAGAUUUUCGAGACGCAAAGGACCUGAUCGAGAACGGCAAUGACAUCGGGGCUAAGGAAACAAUUAAGGCCAAGAAAUCUAUCCGAAAUAGGCUUGUUUCGCUAACGCUGAAACGGAAGAAUAAAAUUACCGAAGAUAUGCGGCGCCACCUACAAGAAGAGGAGUUGGCAGCGGACAGUUAUUCACAAUGGCUAGAGGCGAGGCCGACAUCUAACCUUGAGAAGCUUCACUUCAUUAUCGGGCACGGCAUCCUUCGAGAGGAACUGCGUGAUGAGAUCUACUGCCAGAUAUGCAAGCAACUAACGGGAAAUCAAGAGAAGAACUCGCAUGCACGAGGCUGGGUCUUACUAUCGCUAUGCGUUGGUUGUUUUGCGCCAAGUGAUAAGUUCGUCAAGUAUCUACUUAAUUUCAUUCGUGAGGGCCCACCUGGCUAUGCACCUUAUUGCGAAGAGCGCCUGCGGCGAACGUUCAUGAAUGGUACGCGAGGCCAGCCUCCCUCGUGGCUUGAACUGCAAGCGACGAAGUCUAAGAAACCGCUGAUGCUGCCCAUCACGUUCAUGGAUGGAAAUACCAAAACAUUGCUGGCGGAUUCUGCGACGACGGCGAGAGAGCUCUGCAAUCAAUUAGCCGAUAAAAUCGGUUUACAGGACAGAUUCGGCUUUUCUUUAUACAUCGCCUUAUUCGACAAGGUUAGCUCGCUGGGCAGCGGCGGUGAGCAUGUGAUGGACGCCAUCAGUCAGUGCGAGCAGUACACAAAGGAACAAGGCGCACAGGAGAGAAACGCUCCGUGGAGGCUAUUCUUUAGAAAAGAGAUUUUUGCCCCUUGGCACAACCCCAUGGAGGAUGGUGUUGCGACAAACCUCAUCUACCAACAAGUAAUUCGUGGUGUGAAAUUCGGCGAAUAUAAAUGCGAAAAAGAAGAAGAUCUCGCUAUGUUGACUGCGCAGCAAUUCUAUGUAGAAAAUUUUAAUAGUGCAGACCUCGAGAUUAGCGCGGAACGUGUCCGAAGUAUCAUUCCUGGUUGCAUACCGGACUCCCAUCUUUUGGCCGGCGAACGCGCACUUGAUCGUUGGACCCAUCUUAUCUCGCAGGCUUAUCGGAAGAGCUAUUACUUGAGGGAACGUACGGAGGCGCUCCGUGUGAAGGAGGAUGUCGUGGAUUAUGCUAAGUUCAAAUGGCCUCUACUUUUCUCACGCUUCUACGAGGCCGUUCGACUCGCUGGUCCCCCACUUGCAAAGAACGACGUCAUUGUUGCCAUCAAUUGGACAGGUGUUUACAUUGUUGACGAGAUGGAGCAGGUCCUUCUUGAGCUUUCUUUCCCUGAACUCACGCACAUCGCUAGCCAAAGGAGUAAUCGGCCGUAUCUUGCAGCGUUUUCGGUAACGACGAUUCGUGGUGAGGAGUUCUCAUUUCAGUCGCCAAACGCCGAAGACAUUCGGGAGCUGGUAGACGGAUUCCUCGACGGCCUCAAGCGAAGAUCGAAGUUUGUCAUUGCUCUCCACGACUAUAGGUCAGACGCAGGCGGAUAUUUGACCUUCACACAGGGCGAUCUCAUAGCGUUGGAUGAUGUUGUGAACGGCGAAAAAGUAUUGGAGAGUAACUGGAGCAGCGGACGCAACGAACGGACGGGCGAAAGGGGUGAUUUUGCAACCGAACUCGUCUACGUUUUGCCAGCCGCCAGUAGGCCACCUCAAAGUAUUCUAGCGUUCUUUGCCGCAGACGAAGAAGGUCGACGUCAAUUGCUCAAACGGUACCAGGCCUCACUUAACGGCAGUUCGGCAAUGCCUCUCGAAGGGGAGCGGCCCCACACGCUUGAGGAAUACUCCCUCGAUCAUUUCAGGCCACCGCCGAAGAGGACCCUGACACUAACCCUGUCGUCCGCACGCAAAAGAGACGGUGAACAUCUCUGGAGGCAUUCCAGGGAACCACUAAAACAACCUCUAUUGAAAAAGCUUUUGAACAAGGAAGAAGAGCUCUCUCAAGCGGCCUGUUUGGCCUACAAUGCCCUUAUGAAGUACAUGGGCGACCUUCCAUCGAAGAGAAGUCGCAGUGGAAAUGAAUUAACGGACCAGAUAUUUGAGGCGCCUCUUAAACACGAAAUUCUGCGUGAUGAGAUUUAUUGUCAGAUCAUGAAGCAGUUGACGGACAACAAGAACAGAAUUAGUGAGGAACGCGGUUGGGAAUUGAUGUGGCUAGCCAGUGGUCUGUUUGCCCCUAGCCAGAUUCUUCUAAAGGAGCUGACAGCAUUUCUUCGUACGCGCGCACAUCCUAUCUCCAUCGAUUCUAUGCAGCGGCUUCAAAAAACGCUCAAAGUCGGUCAGAGGAAAUACCCCCCGCACCUUGUCGAAGUUGAAGCGAUCCAACACAAAACGACGCAAAUCUUUCACAAGGUCUAUUUCCCCGACGACACCGACGAAGCUUUCGAGGUUGACUCGGGCACCCGUGCCAAGGACUUCUGCUCGAACAUCGCUCAUCGGCUUAGCCUUCGUUCGCCCGAAGGGUUCUCACUAUUCGUCAAGAUAGCUGAUAAAGUUAUCAGUGUACCGGAAAACGACUUCUUCUUCGAUUUCGUUCGGCAUCUAACCGAUUGGAUACGUAAGGCGCGACCCACGAAAAAUGAUGUCAUCCCUCAGUUCACCUACCAGGUGUUCUUCAUGAAGAAGCUAUGGACGCAUACGGUACCAGGGAAGGAUCGGAACGCCGAUGUAAUCUUCCACUAUCAUCAAGAGUUGCCGAAGCUUCUUCGGGGCUAUCAUAAGUGCAGCAGAGAGGACGCCGCCUACCUGGCUUCUCUCGUGUUCCGAGUUCGUUUCGGAGAUGGGAAGAAUGAACAGCAGGCGAUACCCUCGCUAUUGCGUGAGUUACUCCCACUAGAUUUACUAAAAAGUCAGUCAGCGUCGGAUUGGAAGCGCGCCAUAAUCGCUCAACUAGCACGCCUACCCACAAACAUGACAGCCGAGGAUGCAAAAGUAGCCUUCUUACAGCAUAUCUAUCAGUGGCCAACAUUCGGUUCGGCCUUUUUCGAAGUAAAGCAAACAACGGACACAUCCUUACCGGAUCAGCUUCUGGUUGCCAUUAAUCGACACGGCGUUUCGUUAAUUCAGCCUUCAUCCAAGGACAUUCUUGCUACGCAUCCAUUCACGCGCAUCUCGAAUUGGAGCAGCGGAAACACUUACUUCCACAUGACCAUUGGUAAUCUGGUGCGUGGAAACAAGCUCCUCUGUGAGACGCCAUUGGGUUAUAAAAUGGACGACCUAUUAACAUCGUAUAUCUCGUUGAUGCUUUCAAAUAUGAAUAAGCAGCGAACGGUCAGAGGGGCAAAACAGUAGGUGAUCCAAGACAGAAAAUAUUUUGGAAAGAACGACGCGUUCUUUACACUUGUUCUUCAAGUUGCUGUUCGAGUCCGAGUUAAUCGAGAUCGUCCAUUUCAUCGUUAGCUGGACUCGUUUAUCACUCCUCAGUCUUAAAUCAUUUAUAAUCUGCUCAUAUCAACCUCGCCACCAUAUUAAGUUAUCGAGUCAUUUUUAAGUAUUUGGAUGUUAUUACUACGUGCAAAAUCCGCGCCUGCGUUAAAAAUGGCUAAUUAUGAUUAGUAUAAUUAAAAUUAGCGAUAAUAAUACGGCAGUAGCCAUUUUUUGAUGAAGACGUUACAAAAAAUAACAACUGAAUGCUUAUCGGAAAAAUUGUGUACUUGCGUUAAAGAAUAGUGGAAACUAUUAGUAUAGUUAUUAUUAUUGUUAUUAUUAUUAUCAAUUAAAAUGGACCAGCUCGUGUCGAGCCAGAAAGCCCAGAUUAGCGUAGACCUAAGAUUCUACAUGUAAUAACUGCGAGCUCGUGUUCGAUACUUGCCGCAUAAAAGAGCUAUUUCAAGGUUCAACAAUAAUUGACUUGGAUGACGAUUGGAAUGGAUGAAAUGAGUAAUAGCAGUACGUCGACCACAGUAAUUUAUUGCAUGUGAUACAGGAAUAGAUAACUUUACCUUACAAAUAUAAAUAGAUCGAUACAUUUAUUGAUAUAAGAAUAGAGUUUAACAAUAAAGAUUUCUUAGUACUGUGCGUGUA